ACCGUAAAGGAUUGUGUUCUUGAUGAUGAGGCAGAGUAUACAAUCAAUGUCCAAGAAAAGAAGUCUCAAGCAAAACUGACUGUCCAAGAGCUGCCUAUAGAGUUCCUUGACCCAUUGAAGAAUGUGUUUGUUGUGGAAAAUGAAACUGCAACUCUUGAUACUGAGGUGUCCAAACCUGACCAAAAGGCAACAUGGUUUAUGGAUGGCGAGCUCUUAAAGCCAUCAGAUAAAUAUGAAAUGAAAGUUGAUGGCACAAAACACUAUCUUGUGGUUCAUGAUUGUGAACUAGAUGACGAGGCAGACUAUACUAUCAGGAUUGAUAAGAAGGAAUCCACUGCAAUGAUACUUGUUGAAGAAGCCCCACUUGUCUUCAUGACUCCACUUAAAGAUGUCACAGUGAUGGAAAAAGAAACAGCAUCAUUUGAAUGUGAAAUUUCAAAGCCUGAUCAAAAGGCCACAUGGUAUAUCGAAGGUGAAGAGGUUCAAGAGUCUGAAAGAGUUCAGAUUGAUAUGGAUUCAACAAUACACUCUCUUACUAUCAAAGACUGUGUGCUCGAUGAUGAAGCUGAAUACAGCAUCAAAAUACAAGAUGUAACAUCUAAAGCUACUCUUUAUGUGGAUGAAUCCCCAGUGGAGUUUAUAAAACCGCUUCAAGAUAUGACAGUUUUU